CCUACCGCCCUAGCAACGGCAGAACAACGGACCGCCGAGCCUACUGCGGUCACACUUGUCAACACCUCUACUUCUUAUCACUCUCAACAACCCAAUCGCUUUAUUCCUUCUGCUUGUGACGACCUUCCUAAUCCAACUUCCUCUAUUCAAUCGUCUCAUCAGCUUCAAUCAACUUUCAGAAUGGCGGAUCGUUUCCCUUCCCUAGAGGACUUCUCUGAGGGCCAAACCGAAGUCGCCAACACCCAAGACGCUACCGAAGAUGAUUUCCUGGCCCGUGAGCGCGCCGCACUCGGCGAAGAUGCCGACCAAUUCGCUACCACCCACGACCACGUUGCGGAUCAGACUGUAGGCGGGGAUGAUGACCUGCUUGGUGGAGGCGACGAGCCUGUCGAGGAGAUCGGCCACUUUGAAUCAUCAUUCCCUUCCGUGGAGACUCAGAAUCAGAACGAGCGCGUGGCUCCCGGCGGCACAAUCACUGGAUCCGGCUCACCUUUCCCCCGUACCGGCUACCCAAGCACACAGGAACCCGAGGAUGAGGGAGAUGCACGUGACGCUGAGAUUGCCCGCCGUGCAGAGGUCUCCGCUGAGAAGAAGGCCGCUACCGUCAAGAAGGCACAGGAGGAUAUCGACGACUUCUACGUUUCCUACAACAACAAGGCCGAAAAGAACCGCACCCACGCCCGCGCCGAAGCCGAACAGUUCCUUGCCAACCGGGAGGAUACCUCCGCCGGUGGUACUAGCUGGGAGCGCAUUGCCAAGCUGGUCGAUGUUUCAGGCAAGGGCUCCGCAGGCGGUGCCAGCGGCUCUGGAAAGGAGCGUUUCCGUGAGAUGUUGCUUGAACUUCGGAAGGACAAGGAGGCUCCUGGUUCCAGCGGAAUCUAG